AUGCGACCAGAUAAAUGUGUCAGCCGACAAUGCGAAGAAGCCGACCAAGGAGUAAGUCGUUGUGAAGGCCUGCAUGAUCCUUGUACUCGGGGCUGGGCUUUGCACUCAGGGCUUCAAUCAGCACGUGUAAUCUCCGCCUCCUCGGUGACCAUCAGAUUCCGGACACAACCCCGAUCGGAACACAAAUUCUCGCAGGUGGUAUUGGACGCUGAGCUUUGUAUUCAAAACGUGCUGAUUGGACUACUUCGUGCCAAGAGUGGUGCUUAUGGACAAUGGAGCGCACAGGGUAACGGAGGCGCACAGGGUAACGGAGGCGCACAGGGUAACGGAGGCGCACAGGGUAACGGAGCCAAUGAAACGUCGCAGGGCAUGGCGACGAUCAGCGAGGAGGACGGACCCUCGGGCGCGUGUCCGUCCUCAUCGAGUGUGCGGCAGUGGGCCUCCGGGACAGCCCGAGAUGUGCGCCCGGGCCCGAAUGGAGUCCAAUCAGCAGAAUCUUAUUGUCGGUUUUGUGGCUUCUUGCGAGCACACAACCCACGGAUCGAAUCGCGCGUAGACAAGAAGCGGCCCGUGGGCAUCCGUUUUUUUUUUCCUUCGUUUGAAAUUUCUGAUGAAGACGGCCGCUGGUCCACAUUUGGUACGCAUUGA